AUGAGGACUGCGCUGGUGUACCACGAGGACAUGACAGCGGCCCAGCUGCUCUGGGAAGACCCUGAGUGUGAGAUCGAGCGUCCGGAGCGCCUGACUGCAGCCCUGGAGCGCCUGCGGCAGUGGGGCCUGGAGCAGAGGUGUCUACAGUUGGCAGCCCGAGAGGCCUCCGAGGCAGAGCUGGGCCUGGUACACAGCCCAGAGUAUGUGUCCUUGUUGCGAGGAACCCAGACCUUGAGCACCAGGGAACUACAGGCGCUGUCUGGACAAUACGACGCUGUCUACUUCCAUCCGAGUACCUUCCACUGUGCCCGGCUGGCCGCGGGGGCUGCGCUGCAGCUGGUGGAUGCCGUGCUGACGGGGGCUGUGCACAACGGGGUCGCCCUGGUGAGACCUCCUGGGCAUCACAGCCAGAGAGCCGCUGCCAAUGGAUUCUGCGUGUUCAACAACGUGGCCAUAGCAGCCAAACACGCCAAGCAGAGACACGGGCUGCACAGGAUCCUCAUUGUCGACUGGGAUGUCCACCAUGGUCAGGGCAUCCAGUAUAUCUUUGAGGAUGACCCCAGCGUCCUCUACUUUUCCUGGCACCGCUAUGAGCAUGGGCACUUUUGGCCCUACCUUCGAGAAUCGGAUGCGGAUGCUGUUGGGCAGGGGCAGGGCCGUGGCUUCACUGUCAACCUGCCCUGGAAUCAGGUUGGGAUGGGAAAUGCUGACUACGUGGCCGCCUUCCUCCAUGUGCUGCUCCCCGUGGCCUUUGAGGUUGAAGGCUGCUGGACGGGAGCGCUGCCGAGCUGCGGGCGGCGGGCCCGCGGAGCGCAGGAGCCUGGGAGUGCAAGUUGUGAGCCUCUGGGUGUGGGUUUAGGGGGCCGCCUGGCGUUCAGCCCCGUCUGA